GCUGGAUGAGGGCAGUGCCUGUCCAAUUGUGGAUCUAGAAACCAAACACCACUUUCUCUUAGCUAAUGGAGCACUGAGCCUUCUAAUCCUCCACCCACCCCUCCCAUUCCUCCUGAUUCUGGCUACCCUGAGCUAUAUAAAAAGCGCUGCGUUUCUCCCUUCUUGACAUUUUUCCUUGCAAGCGGCCACCUUCAGGCGCCCAUCCUACGCAGCAAGGAUCCCCUGCCAUCCAUCCCACAAAAAGCCACCCCGUCCCUGGACCAACAGCCCCAGCGAGAAAGGAGAGGGGCCCCCCUCUGCCUCUGUUCCAUAGCACUAUGGCCAGCGGUGAAAUGACAGAGCUGGAGACAGCCAUCGAGAAAAUUGUCUACAUCUUCUUCACAUACGCAGCCCGCGAGGGCAAGAAAGGCACGCUGACCGCCGGCGAGUUCAAGGAGCUUGUGACCUUACAGCUACCCAACCUCAUGAAGGAUGUGGGGGAUCUAGACGAGAAGAUGAGGAGCCUGGAUGUCAACAAUGACGAGGAGCUGAAAUUCGGGGAGUACUGGAGGCUGAUCGGGGAGCUGGCCAAGGAGAUCAAGAGGGAGAAAGUGGGCAAGAAGAAGUGAGAGGCAUUUGUAUGAGAGAGAGAAAGAGAGAGAGAGAGAAAGAGAGAGAGAGAAAGAGAGAGAAUGUGCAUGCAUGUGAAACUGACAGGCGGGACCAUGAGUAUUUCGGGUGGCUGGGGGUGAGGCAGGUACCAGGAUAUAUAAACCUAUCUGACAGUAGGUUGCAAAUUCCAAAUAAAAGACUUUAC